AUGGUAGCUGAAAGUAGCUUCCUCUGGGUGUCUGUGUUCUUCAUAUUGCAAAUGAAGAUAUCCCUUAUCCAUUCUGCCUCGUCGGAUUCCUUGAUGUUGCACGUGCUGGCUAGUGAAAUCGGAGAUUGCUUCCGCUACUUGUCUACCGAUGAAUCUUGUCGAAGUAUAGUGUUCAGUGGAAUUGGAAAACACUUCUCUGCAGGAAUUGACCUGACUGACUUCAUGCAAAAUAUUGCGGGGUCAAUGGCGAAGAAAAGUGACGUGGGAAGACGAGCAUUUUUAGCCGAGGCAAUCGUCAAAAAGUUCCAAGAUGACAUCACAGCCCUCGAACUGUGCAACAAACCCGUGAUAGCUGCAAUACACAAUGGCUGCAUUGGAGCAGGUCUUAAUUUGGUGACGGCCUGUGACGUUCGUUACUGCAGCUCCGACGCCUGGUUUCAACUGAAGGAGGUUGACAUAGGCAUUGCUGCAGAUGUCGGAGUAUUGCAAAGGAUGCCCAGGAUAGUUGCAAAUGACAGCUUCAUGAGAGAAAUUUCGUACACUGCCAGAAAAGUGACAAGUGAUGAAGCCUUGAAAGAAGGACUGGUAUCUCGAGUACUUGUUGAUAAAGAAUCCACCAUGAAUGAGGCUGUCAAACUUGCGGAAACUAUAGCUGCCAAGAGUCCAGUGGCUGUACAGGGCACCAAAAGAGCCUUAGUCUAUGCCAGAGAUCACUCAGUUCAACAAUCACUAGAUCAAGUGCGAACAUGGAAUUUGUCCAUGCUGCAGAGUGAUGACGUAGGAAAGGCUGCACAGGCGAAUAUGACAAAAUCUGGGGCAGAAUUUGACGAUGUUUAA